GGUGGCGGGAGCGCACGCGAAGCGGAGGCAAUGGAGGAGAUUAAUGGUCAGCAGAGGUGGGGGACCAGGUCGUUCAUAAAGGAGAAGUACUUUCAGCCUCAGCUGUCCCCGGAGGAAUCGGUGGCCAGGAUCAGGCAGACGACGGAGGGGCUGAGAGAGAUGAGGCACAUGCUUGAGACAAUGUCGUGGAGGUACGUCAUGUUCUACAUCCGCCUCAAAUCAGCCUAUCUCGACUCCGACCUCAAGAACGCCAUGUCCACCGUUCCUGACGAUCAGCGCAAGUCCUACGUUAAGACUGCCAACGAUGUCGUCGACAACAUGUCCGAGCUCGAUCGUUAUGUUCGUAGCCCAAAAGUGUAUGAAUCUUAUCUCUACUAUGAGAAGACCCUCAAGUCACUUGACGAGCUUGUGGCAAUGCUAGCCUGAUCCACCAUAAUAUGGAAUUUAUUGUCGACAAAAUGAUGUUGGUCUCAAGUACUGUUUUCAUGCUAGCAGCAUGGAUGAAUGCAUGACCCCAAUAAUGUCUCUAUGGUUUCCAUAUAUGUAACAAAUUAAGCUUGUCAUUUGACCUGUUAAAGCUCACUCCGGAGUCUGCUCUGUGAUGUGCUGUGCUGUGCGUUUUAGACAAUGUGUACAUAACCUCACAAGGAGAAGCCAUAUGUAAUGGAAUUUAUCUACCUGCA